CCACAAUCUGCUAGCUUGAAAAAAGUCUUCGGCUCCACUGAUCCAUUUGAUCUCUCCGCCGGGCCAGGAAGCGAACAGCGCCGUUUGGAUGUCUUGCAGUCCUGGGACACACUUUCUGCAACGGGUUCCCUUGUAUUAGAGCACGACUUAGGCACUACAUCUGUAUUAGAAGAAGCGAGGGCGGGAGGAGACGUUGCUUCCAAGCACUCGGGAUCGGUGUAUGAUGUAUCAAGAGUCAAUGCGCCGUCAACGCGGGUGGAUCCUUCAGCCGUGCUCGAGGUGGUGGAGGAUAUUUCGCCGGAGAUGCGCGCGAAGAUACGUCGUCAAGGUCGGGUGCACUUCGUGGUGCUUUGCUGGGUGCUCUUCCUCAAUGGCUGGAACGACGGCUCGGCUGGCCCGCUCAUCCCGACAAUUCAACGCGUAUAUCAUGUCGACUUCGCGAUCGUGUCUCUAAUCUUCGUGUGCAACUGCGUGGGAUUCAUUGCAGGCGCGCUUGCGAACGUUUGGCUCGCGGACAGAGUUGGAUUUGGGAAGGCUAUGUUCCUCGGCGCCUCCUCCACGACCAUUGCCUACGCCAUUCAAGCUCCUGCGCCGUCAUUUCCGGUUCUCGCCGCAGCAUACGUCAUAUCAGGAUUUGGCCUCUCCAUCCUUAACGCGAGCGCGAAUGGAUUCGUAGGAAGCCUUAAAGAACACGUUUCUACGAAACUAUCUUUCAUCCAUGCGUCUUACGGUAUCGGCGCCUUCGCAGCGCCCCUUGCGGCAACCCACUUCGCCUCGCAACGACGAUGGAGCUUCCACUUCCUCGUAUCGCUCGGCAUCUCUGUCAUCGCGCUCACGCUCGUCGGGGUCGUGUAUAGGUUCAGAACCCUCACUCAACUUCUGCGUGAAUCUGGGCACGCCGAAUCCGCCGAAGGAAACUCGUCGGAUAGCAAGUACUCCCAAAUUUUCCGCAUCAAGCUCGUGCAUCUCCUUGCUCUAUUCGCCCUCGUCUAUGUUGGGACAGAGGUGACACUAGGCGGCUGGAUUGUAACGUUUAUCAUCGAAAAGCGUGGGGGAGGGCCAAGUGCUGGAUAUGUCAGCUCCGGAUUCUUCGGUGGUCUGGCACUCGGAAGGGUGCUACUGAUCGGCGUGAAUCGUCUGGUUGGCCCGCGCCGUGCGCUGAUGAUCUACGUGACAUUGUCCAUCGCGCUCCAGAUCACUGUUUGGCGCGUACCGUCGCUCGUCGAGAACGCGGUAGCCGUGUCGGUCAUCGGCUUGCUCUUUGGACCAAUGUAUCCCAUCUUGAUGAACCACGCCAGUCGGGUGAUGCCGAAAUGGCUACUCACAGGCUCCUUGGGUUGGAUCGGCGGCGUUGGAAACACUGGCUCGGCCGUGUUGCCCUUCAUAACCGGUAUCCUUGCUGCACGAUUCGGAAUUAAUUCACUGCAGCCCUUCCUCGUAGCGAUGAUGAUACUUUUGUUUUGCGUCUGGGCGGCGGUGCCCAAGAGCCCGCGCCGACCCGAGUGAUUCUGGAAUUGCAUGUAACAGAUUUCAUCGUCCGCAAAACAUGGGUGCUGUCCGUCAGAGGCCGGACACUAUACCGUAAUCAAUGGGUACUCUCUAUGUCAAAAUAACAUCCAAGAGCUGUUGCCGUCCCGAAGUAAACUCGAAUGAAGUGAACAGCAUACUCGGAUUCCACGCGCUUCGACGAAAGGCCGCAGGAUCCUGAAAUGGGGUAGACUAUGACGCUCGGACCAAGGUACCCUGCACCUCUCGUGUGCAUAUCCAUGAAAACAACCAAUUUUGAUAUCUCAGAUGCGUUUCCAGCCAUUCGUGGUCUUCGACGCAGCAGAGUGCGUGGUCGACAUCCCGAGGGGUGCGGCAGCAACCACGAACAAGCAACACGCUCAACCGCGGACGGUGUCGUCUUCCUACGUAUCUGGAAGAUAAUCCGUAUGCGAACCGCCUCAAGUUCUUAUGCGGCUUGGCACUGGGCCUCGGGUGCCUGCACAACUUGAGCAUAACACACGGAAAUCUCAAAGGCGUCAAUACUCUCAUGGACGACGAUCUAAAAGCACGACUGGCAGACUUCGGUUUGAUCGUGAUUGGUACCGAACCUUCAGUAACCCAGUGAGACUAUAUCACGACUGCACUGAAAGCAGGAUCUGAGCGCUGGAUGGCUCCUGAACUAAUCGACCCGGAAGUGAUUUGCCUGCCGAACCCAUCGUCGUAUAUAUACGCGUUCGC